CGCAAGGCGCGGCCGGCGCGCGACGUAGUGUGCCUCCGUCCGCGCCGCCGACCGCCGCGACGCGCCGCGCCGCACCAAAAACAAACCUACCGUAAUUAUCUCGCCGCGAUAAAACGAUACAACGCUAUCAACCCGUGAUAACUCACCAGUGUGAUAACAGAUAAAGUACCAAGUAGUCGACGCCUGUGCUGUGCACCUAUUAUGUAAAACUCUUAAGUUGUGUGGAUACGCAACCAUGACCACUGCGACGGCUCCACGCAAGACCAUCUCCAUCCACGACUACCCUGAGCACCUGAACCCCUUCCGGGAGGAUGACAACCAUAACAAGAUCAGGUUCUGGACGGUGGGCCGACGUCUCAGCCGGUCUAACAGCAUCAAUUUUUCCGGCAUCAAGGAUCUCAAAAACUCGUGGGCCUUCCGUUCGUUCAUGAAGAAGGGGAAGAAAAGAGAGCCACCCCCGCCACUGCAGAGUCCCCAAGACAAUAAUAAAACCAAUCAUGCGGACGGUGAAAGCAGUCCUAUAGUGUUCCGACGAGCCCUGCAAUAUUCGUCGGCCUCGACCGCUGGGUCCAGAAGCACAGUAGGGUCCCCUGAGCGCUACGUGUAUGGGGGCUCCGUCACCCCCCUCCCCCGCUCGCGGUUCCAGGAGCGCCUGCGCAGCUCUAGUCAGCAUGAAGUCAGCUCUUUAAGCAUGACGCCCCGCAUGGCCCGCAGCGAGGUCUCGGGGUCGCGUCUCAGUGUGGAGAGUAGUAACCCCUUCGAGGACGGGCCUCCAGUGCCGCCGGUGCGCGCCUCCCGACGCAAGAAGAAGCGUGCCCCGCCGCCGCCACCGGGUGUCGCUGAUAUAUCCAUCACUAGUGAGAACUCAGACCUUCAAACGAGCGGUGAAAACUCGAUUCUACAAACAAGCAUAACAGAAGAAAAGAAAACUGAAGGUGACUUAGAAAUGGAAGAUAUGAACUUAAACAUAGAACUCAAAAUUGUUGAAGACGAAGAUCUUAAAGGUAAAGAGAAAGCAACGGAAGACUCAGUGGCUGAAGUGCCUAGUACAGAAGCUGUCGCAACUGAAGUAACCGUAGCCACGAGGCAAGAACAAAAAGACGAUGACAGGAAAACACUAGAAUCAGUCGCCCCAGCUGAAAACACCAACCCUGUUGACUUUUUAGAAAAGAUCGUAAACUCAGUCUCAUUCCCUAAAAUAGAUAUUGUCAAGUACAGGAGAAACUCCAGCGUAAACGAAGACGAUAUCAAGCUUCGUCGAGGCAAUUUAGAAGAUUUCCAUGCACUAACAACUAAAAGGAGCAAGAGCCUGACGAAUGCUUUGGAUGCGGCUUACGUAACCUACGAUAUAAACUUAAACGAAAAAGACACCACUAUCGAUGCUAAUGGCAACGAGGAACCUCAAAAAGUAAUCUGCAAACUUUACGAAGACACGUCACGAAAGCAGAGUAUCGACACUGUAUCUAGUACUGAAAGAGAAUUCCUUGAAAUUGAUAAAGUAAGGAGAGAAUUCGAAACGGAGAUCAAUAAACUGAAUGCUGCUCUUGAAGAAGACUUCUCGUCUACCGGGGCUCGUUUGUCUGUAUCGGAUAUUAAGCGAAAAUUUGACAAAAGCGAAAUCGCUUCACCAAAUCCUAUACCAAAGCCUAGAAGAAGUCACUACAGUGACUCAGGUUCUCCUGUUAAUGGCAAUGUCCAUAUGUAACUAAGUACUCAAAACUAAAACAUCACUAUAAGUAAAGAUGUCCCACAAAGUUAGAUUUAGAUUUAAUUGUUUCACGAUGUAACCAAACAAAAUUGUCGUAGAAAUUAUGUAUUGGAUCUCAAAUAAUGUAGGAAGCUACAUUUAACUUUGAAGGGAUUUGCAAUGAUGGAUACUAAGUAUAACGGAAGUGCCUUUGAUCUAGGCAACAGAAUCAAAACUAAUAUAUUUUUUGUAAUAUUAUUCAUGUUUUUUAGUAAAUAUAGUUAUAGAACUUAGACAAGAUUCGCUUCGACUUUUGGCCAUAAUAGCAUGUUUGACGUGGUAGAUUGGGUCUAAGAAUGUGGAUGGUGUGUUCUGUUUUAUUGUGAUAACAUAGGCUACACGUGUAGACUUUAUAGAAGCAUAAUAUUUUAUUAGACCAAUUAUAAGGUGCCUACAACCGACACGAUUUCAAUCUUACUAUUAUAUCACGCUCAUCAAUUAAUCAUGAAUCGAUCACCACUCAUAUACGUUAUUGUUUCAAGGGGAACUAUUUUUUAUCAUCUAUAGGCGCUUUAUACAUUGGCGCUAGUUGAUGAACAGCACCUAUGUGUGUAAACGUACAAGAUUCCUAUAAAUUAUUUAUACAGUAAUGUUUUCUCUUUGGGAUUUAUGUGUCGUGGUAUAGAAUACUAGAUUAUCAUUUGUUGACGAAUAAUAAAUUAUUUUAUGUGCA